AUGUGGGGAGCUGAUACAAUCAUGGAUCUCUCAACUGGUCGUCACAUUCCCGAGACACGUGAGUGGAUCUUGCGGAAUUCAGCUGUUCCUGUUGGUACGAUCCCUAUUUAUCAAGCACUUGAGAAAGUGGAUGGAAUUGCUGAGGAUCUUAGCUGGGAAGUGUUCAAAGAGACUCUGAUUGAACAAGCUGAGCAAGCCAAGCGUAUGACCGGGAUUGUUUCGCGCGGAGGAUCCAUUCAUGCUAAAUGGUGCUUAACUUACCACAAGGAGAACUUUGCUUACGAGCACUGGGAUGAUAUUCUAGACAUUUGUAACCAGUAUGAUGUUGCUCUUUCAAUCAGAGAUGGUCUGAGACCUGGCUCGAUCUAUGAUGCUAUGUAA